GUAUAUAAAUAUACCUUGUCUAAAAAAAAAAAAAAAAACACCAGUGUCUUAGAUUCAAUCAAAAAAAUUUCUUUGUAGUAAAAGAAGAAGAAAAUUUUCUUCUAUGAUGAAAAUUUUCUUUGUGUUGUAAGAAAAUCGAAGCUCCGAAAAUUUUUCGUUGUAGAUUCUGAUCGUAUCAACGAAUUCAUCGCCACUUCAAUCGGUGUCGCUUUGAUUCUUCACUGAAUAACUGUCACUGACUUAGUCAGAUUCAUUUCAAAUAUUGGAGAUUGAUAUGAUGUCCUCUGAUUCUGAUCUCAUGUUAUUUUAGUUGUGUAGUAUGUAAUAGUGCCUGUUUGAUGUGCCCCACCAAGCUGGCUUAGGCGUAAUUAAAAUUCAAGUUUGGCAAUUUAUAUUUAUUGAAAGAGAGCAUUUGUAAAUUAUAUUUUCAUUGGAGGUUUUUUGAAACAAUAUUAUCAUUGGAGUUGAAGGGAGAAGUUUUGUUGGGAAAAAUAAAAUUAAAAAACAUCUGAAUAAAUUUGUUGGAUACACUAUCAAGUGGGAUUUGAAGAAAGGGGAUUGCCACCAACCUGAAAGAAUUAUUACAUUGAGCUCACAUCUUCAGCACAAUAUUUAAUUAUAAAGAAUUUGAUAUAAUGCUAUAAGGAAAAAAUGGAGCGUAUUUCGGAAAAACGAUUUCCUCUCAGUGCAAAAGAUUACAAGUUAUAUGAAGAGGUUGGGGAAGGUGUCAGUGCCUCGGUAUACCGGGCUCUCUGCAUUCCGCUCAAUGAGAUUGUUGCCAUCAAAGUUCUUGAUCUCGAGAAAUGCAAUAACGAUCUGGAUGGAAUUCGGAGAGAGGUACAGACCAUGAGCUUGAUUGAUCAUCCAAAUCUUUUACGGGCACAUUGCUCUUUUACCGCUGGACACAGUCUUUGGGUUGUGAUGCCAUACAUGUCCGGGGGCUCUUGCCUUCAUAUAAUGAAAUCUUCCUUUCCUGAGGGUUUUGAUGAACCUGUUAUUGCAACUGUAUUGCGCGAGGUUCUCAAAGCUCUUGUUUAUCUCCAUGCCCAUGGGCACAUACAUAGAGAUGUUAAGGCUGGGAAUAUUUUGCUUGAUUCUAAUGGUGACGUCAAAAUGGCUGACUUUGGAGUGUCUGCGUGUAUGUUUGAUACUGGAGACAGGCAACGUUCAAGAAAUACUUUUGUUGGAACACCUUGCUGGAUGGCUCCUGAAGUUAUGCAGCAAUUGCAUGGAUAUGAUUUUAAAGCAGAUAUAUGGUCAUUUGGAAUAACAGCACUUGAACUUGCUCAUGGUCAUGCCCCGUUUUCCAAGUAUCCGCCGAUGAAAGUUUUGCUUAUGACUUUGCAGAAUGCUCCUCCAGGUCUUGAUUAUGAAAGAGACAAGAGAUUUUCAAAGUCUUUCAAAGAGUUAGUUGCCACCUGCUUAGUCAAAGACCCAAAGAAGCGUCCAAGUUCAGAAAAGCUUUUAAAGCACCACUUCUUUAAACAUGCACGUCCCACCGAAUAUCUAAGUCGCACUAUUCUCGAAGGCCUUGCUCCAUUAGGAGACCGUUUUAGAACGCUGAAGGCUAAAGAGGCAGAUUUAUUGAUGCAGAACAAGGCUCUUUAUGAGGAUAUGGAGCAAUUAUCUCAGAAAGAAUAUAUUCGAGGAAUUAGUGCCUGGAAUUUUAACUUGGAAGAUUUAAAAAGUCAAGCCGCUCUUAUUCAAGAUGCAGACAUGUCAAAUGCAGAAGAGCCAGAUACAGAUAAGAAGAAAAAAGACAUAUCAAAUGACUUAAAGGUUCCAACAGAGGAGCCAUCUGCUUCUAAUCAUUCAGAUGGUACAUCCACACAGGACAAGGAGGAUGGAUUCAAUAAUCUUCAGGAUUUGGAAAGUUCACUUGCUUCAUUUCCUAUUAAACCUCUUCAAGCACUCAAAGGUUGUUUUGAUGUCGGCGAUGAUGAUGUCAAUAAUACCAGUCCAACAGAUUUGGAUCACAGUUAUGGAAGAAUUGAUAAUGAAUGUUCUGGGCCCAGUAAUUUGUCGCCUAAAAAUGCUUUAACUCAGCCUAAGAAGUUUUUGAGUGGCUCUUUACAACCUGAUAAUGCUGCCAAGAAGGCUGCCGAUGGGGACAGGGAUUAUCUACAAACAAAAUAUCCUUCUGAGCGGAAUCACAGUGGUCCAUUGCUAUAUCGGCAAAGGAGAGAUGUCAACAACUUUCCAUCGGUUGAUGACACAUCAGAAGGAGCAAUUGUCCAGCGUAGGGGGAGGUUUAAGGUCACAUCAGCAGAUCCCAGUUCAAUGGGUCUUUCAAACAACACUUCUGGCCCAGUUGCUGGAAGUCCUGCUCCUAGUAGUCCCCCAAAUCAGAACUCAAUGAGCACUUCUAUUCUCCCAUCACUGCAGUGCAUCUUACAACAGAACGGCUUACAGAGGGAAGAAAUUAUUAAAUUGAUAAAGUAUGCAGAGCAAUCUUAUGGUAAGAGUACAGAAUCAAUAGAUGCAGGAUCAGUUGAUGUUCUGCAGGCACCUCCUGCGACACCUAGAGAGAAAGAGCUGCAUUUGCAGGUGAUUCAACUCCAACAGAGUAUUGGGGGCCUUGUCGAGGAACUGCAGAGACAAAAGAUGAAAAAUGUUCAGUUAGAGAGACAGUUGAGCAGUAUUGUCAACAAAGCUGAAAAGUGAAGAACAAGAUGAGCGUUAUCAAUGGUUUGAUUAAUCUUGGACAACAUGACAUUCAGUGAUGGAUUCGACAUACUUGAGGGAUAUCUUAUUACCAUAUGUGAACUUCUGUUUGCGGCUGGCACCAAUUUUUGAGAUGCUCCCCUUGUGUCAUCUGUAAAAUAUAAUUUAUUUGACAAGAUUAUCGGAUCAUGUAAUUAUGACUCUUUCUCCCCCUCCCGCUCCCUCUCUCUCCUCUCUUUCUCUCUUCCAAAAUAAUAAUGACUCCUGAGAAUUCUGGUUAUGCAUAUAGUAAGCUUUUUAGCUCUUGAAUGCAAUUCUUUGCCAUUUUGUGUUUCGAUUAA